AUGGACAUCAGCUCUAGCGUGUGCAAAGCAGGCUGUGCUGGCGACGAUGCGCCUCGUGCCGUCAUUCCCUCCAUCGUGAGUCGCCCAAGACACCAGUUUGGCGCUCAGGCACUCAAUAGAUCCAAUGCAAGUCAGUAUUGCAGUGAUAUUUUCAACCGACCUUCUUCAUCCGCAGGUCCUACUACAGGGGUCGUGCCGAACUCCGCUGACAGUGUGAAUCAUACCCUUCCCACCCACGAAAGUUGUGCGCUUCCUCGUGCUACUCUACAUUUUGACUUCUCGGGUCGAGAUCUAACAGACCACCUUGACGGGAUCACGAUUGGGUGCGGUUACAACUUUACCGCUACAAAAGAACGCGAAACAGCUCGUGAUGUGAAGGAGAAGCUAUGCUACGUAGCAUAA